AUGCAAUUCCUACAUUCGUUAUUCUUUCUUUCCUUCAUUCUUUCUUUCUUUCCUUCAUUCUUUCUUUCUUUCCUUCAUUCUUUCUUUCUUUCUUUCCUUCAUUCUUCUUUCCUUCAUUCUUUCUUUUUUUCCUUCAUUCUUUUUUUCUUUCCUUCAUUCUUUCUUUUCUUUCUUCAUUCUUUCUUUUUUCCUUCUUCAUUCUUUUCUUUCUUUCCUUCAUUCUUUCUUUCUUUCUUUCCUUCAUUCUUCUUUCCUUCAUUCUUUCUUUCCUUCAUUCUUUCUUUCUUUCCUUCAUUCUUUCUUUCUUUCAUUCUUUCUUUCUUUCCUUCAUUCUUUCUUUCCUUCCUUCAUUCUUUCUUUCCUUCAUUCUUUCUUUCUUUCCUUCAUUCUUUCUUUCCUUCAUUCUUUCUUUCUUUCCUUCAUUCUUUCUUUCUUUUUCUUAUCGCUUAUGUAAUUCCUACGUUCGGUAUUCUUUAUUCUUUCUUUUCUUUCUUUCUUUCUUUCUUUCUUUUUGUCUUUCUUUCUUUCUUUCUUUCUUUCUUUGUCUUUCUUUCUUUCUUUCUUUCUUUCUUUCUUGACCAGAUUUCCAGUUUUCAUCCAUUUUAUCCAAGGCAGCCGAGUAAACAGAGCAUAUAUCUACCUGAGUCAAUCACACCAAACAUUACGGCCCUGCAUCGAAGUCGAAAAUUUCUUUUUCUAUUGCUUUCUUGUUCUCUCUCUCUAAUUCUCUCUCUCUCUUUCUCUCUCUCUCUCUCUCGGUCUCUUUCUCUCUCUAGUUCUCUCUCUCUCUCUCUCUCUAGUUCUCUCUCUCUUUUUCCUUUUCUUGUUUACUGUCUGUAUCUCCGUGUCUUGUGUUCUUUCUUUCUUUCUUUCUUUCUUUCUUUCUUUCUUUCUUUCUUUCUUUCUUUCUUUCUUUCUUUCUUUAUCCUUAAUCUUAUAUUAUUUUUUUUCUCUUUCUUGCUUAUUGCUUCUUUCUUUAGUCUUUCUCUUCAUCUCUCUCUCUCUCUCUCUCUCUCUCCCUCUAGUUCUUUUUCUCUCUUUCUCCUUCUCUUGUUUACUGUGUAUCUUGUGUCUUGUGUUCUUUCUCUCUUUCUUUCUUUCUUUCUUUCUUUCUUUCUUUCUUUCUUUCUUUCUUUCUUUCUUUGUUCUUUAUAUUUCUUUUUUGUUCUUUUCCCUUGUUUCUCUAUGGAUCUAUUUCUUUAUCUCUCUCCUAUUCCCCUUUUGCUCUCAUUUUCUUUCUUCUUUCUUUUUUUUUCUUUUCCCCAUUUUUUUUUAGAAAGGCUGCUGAUAUUUAUUUGA